CAGAUUUUCAGUUGGUAGUUCCACAUCAUCUCCUACCUCUGAGUUUACGUUUGCUUUAAUUUAGAAAAAUGUAACUGAAACAAAAUAAGUUUUUUCGGCCUGGAGGCUUGUGUGGUGAAGCAGCUUGUCAGAAGCAACGCUGUUAUUGUUUUCUUUUGUGAAUUCGGCAGCUAAGCUAGCUCUAAGGUUAGCUCCUCUUCAACUGUCUACGUCUGACAAAGUGUCUGACCUGAGAUAAUCAGCCGGUGUUUACCGUCCAAAUUAACCGACACCUCUCCCUCACGGUGCUAAUCAUCAGCUUGAGAUGGGAAGUCUGGGCAGCAGGUUCCAGUCCCCCUCUCAGGGACCAGAGGAGGCUGCAGAGGGCACAAGUACCAGCCGCAAGCAUGGUUGUGAGUGUAAGAAGAGGAAACGAAAUGCCCAGUGUGACUGUGACAGUGAACAAGAGGAGGACGAUGCUCUACUAGAUACACCUCGCAGGAAAAAAUUGAAAAGCACAUCGCGAUACAUUUAUCAGACUUUGUUCCUGAAUGGGGAAAACAGUGACAUUCGCAUCUCCGCCCUGGGACAGGAGUGGAACCUCCACAAAGUGUACCUGUGUCAGUCAGGGUAUUUCUCCAGCAUGUUCAGUGGCUCUUGGAAGGAGUCCAACAUGAUGGAAAUCAACUUGGAGAUCCCAGACCAAAACAUAGACACUGAAGCUCUACAAGUCGUAUUUGGAUCUCUGUACCGGGAUGAUGUUCUGAUCAAGCCCAGCAGAGUCGUCAGUAUUCUUGCCGCUGCUUGUAUGCUACAGCUGGAUGGCUUGAUCCAGCAGUGUGGAGAGACCAUGAAGGAAAACAUAAGUGCGAAAACUGUGUGUGGCUACUAUGCUUGUGCCAGUAUCUAUGGCUUGGAUUCAGUCAUGAAAAAGUGUCUUGAAUGGCUUCUAAACAACCUGAUGACCCACCAAAAUGUCGACCUGAUGAAAGAACUCGGAGCAGAGGUGAUGGACCAGCUCAUCCAGUCCUCGGAUCUGUUUGUCAUGCAGGUGGAGAUGGAUGUGUACACUGCUCUGAAAAAGUGGAUGUUUCUGCAGCUCAACCCGUCGUGGGAUGGACCAAUCAAGCAGCUUCUGCCUGACGCUGAUGCCUGGCUUUGCAAACGCAGGACAGACCUGUGUGAGAAAGAGCCCUUCUUGAACACAGAAGAGGGCGCACCUUUUUGUUCAGUGUUUAAAUACGUUCGUCUCCAAUACAUCAUCAACGAUCUGGCAUCUGCACGUAUCCUGGAGAGGGACAAUAUUUUGCCCCCUGAUUGGUUAACGUCGGUGUACAAAAACCAGUGGUUCGCUAUGCUCCGGACAGAAUUUGACAACGAUAAUGGUCCCCAUGAAGCUAACAAAGAGGAGUUCGAGCUGAGCAGUAUGCGAUGUGGCAGGAAACUGACUAAAGAUGGAGAUUACUGCUGGCGUUGGACAGGCUUUAACUUUGGUUUUGACCUGCUGGUGACCUACACAAACCGUUUCAUAGUCUUCAAAAGAAAUACUCUGAGUCAGCCAUGUGGAGGCGCUGUGAGUCUACAACCUCGAAGGCACCUGGCAUACAGGUUACGUCUCGCCUCCUUUGACAGCCGUGGAAAGCUGGUCUGCAGUCGCUCAACAGGUUAUCAACUUCUCACCCUUGAAAAAGACCAGGAGUAUGUGGUGAUGAACCUGGACAGCCGGUUGUUAUCAUUCCCCCUCUAUGUGUGCUGUAACUUCCUGUAUACGUCGCCUCAUUCGGACCACCGUCCAGAUUCCUCAGAACAAGAAAGCACUGCUCGCAGCGUGUCUUGAUGCCCAUUCAGCAGCCAUUAACUGCUACUAUUCCUCUGGGAACUCUGGGACACUGACACAAGCUUUGUAUGUACAAUCCACUGCCACAUUUAUCAUCACUGACAUGACAUUGGACAUACCAUUUGCAUGCUACGUAACUCAGUAACGUGUUUAGGGAAAAUGUUUUGUAUCUAUGUAAUCAGUGUUUUGGCACAUUCAGAGAUAUGAGAUAUAUAUAUAUAUAUAUAUAUAUAUACGUUACAGUGGCCAGGAGGGAUUAGGCCACCCUUUUGCUUCAGAGCAGCUUGAAACUUUUGACCUCUGUCAUGCACUGUCUGCACUGCACCAUUUCUCAAGAUGGUGAACCUCCACGCCUUUGGAGAGAGUGGAAAGCUGCUUUGGACUGUGCACCUCACAAAUUUAAAUAGUGACUACAUAAUGUUUAGAUCUGGUGAUUGUGAGGACCAUGGACAGGUUUGACUUUUUGCUUAUGUUAAUGAAACCACUGGAAUUGUUUUUUCAGUGUGAAUGGGGUCAUCAUCCCCCUGGAAAAUGGAAAGAUCAUAAGGGAACAGCACCAGAGGGUGAAACUAGACCUUUACUGACUCAUAUGGGAAGUUUCAAGCCUGGUGCUCGUACGGGCAAUGUAGACUGUGGGAGCCCUUCGCUCGAAAACUUGACCAGCACAGUGCUGUUAUGAGACGAGUGGACAUGUUUUCCACUCCAUUUUUAACCGGCACACUUUUUUGUACUGCAAGCAGAUGAUAUGCCGCUUAUACCAACAGUGUCAAUCUAGACUAAAAAAACACAUUUCACAUGACUUGUGACUGAAUCCAAAUGGAAUAGGUAUGGGACAAUCUCUGACAAAAGGCUGUAAACAGACUAAAUUAAAGUCUGACACUGCAUCUCUACCACCUGCUGCUGUUUGAUUAUCAGCGGAGAUGGGUUCAUCGUCAUACCUGCACUGUUCAAGGAGCUUUCCUCACCCUUGCCGCGGUGAGAAAAGUUGCACGGUCAGUGACUACAUUCAACAGACCUCACUUUUGAAUUGUGUAAAAUUAACUGAUAGAUGCAGAAAAGCAGAAGUUUUAGCCUGUGUUUUAUCACUCUUUAACCCUAGUUAAGUUGGACGUGUCUCCGUGCAAUUCUACACCAGACCAGCUGCUGCAGGCUUCAGUCCACCACCUGCUCAGCAACCUGGAAAAAUCCCAGAUUAUAGCCGAUAUGAAGUAUCCCUUGGACUUUGUAAAAUAGCAUUUCAUACAAAAUUCUGUUUAUAAAAUCUUAUAUGACAAAAACUAUCAAAUGUCCAUUUGCUGGUGUUCAGCUGGUGUCCACUGCAACUCUUUUGCAGUGCAGCUUGUCCCUGUUUGACACAUUAUGGCAGGAUAUUUAGACUGCUCCAGUCACUACAAUAAGUACCUUAGCAAUUAUGUUGUUGUACUAUUAAUUAGGUCACUAUUUGUUUGGAUAUUCUGAUGUUACCUCAUGCGGUUUUGAAAUCCAGUAAAUGUGGGGAUUUUCAGCGGACAUGUACUCAUUUUACUCGCCUGUAUAGCUGCAACUGUAACUGUCAUUAAGUACAAAGUUAAAGGUAUUUUUGUUUGGCAUUUAUUUAUUUUUUACUUCAUUUGUAUGGAUUUUUUUUGCUAAAGAAAAUAUGUAUACAAUUCUUCGGCAGCCAGUAAAACCGCCCAUUCACAUGGGCUGUGGUGCUAUCACAUGAUCUCUUUCUCCAACAUAGGUCUUUACUACAGCUGCACAGUUAAUUGUGUUUUUAUGCUUCUGUGGAUGUUGCAGAAGUUACUCUUCUGACAAAAUUAUUAUUUUUACUCCAGAAUAUGAAGAGAAUAUGGUGCCUUUUGGUGCUUACUCUUAUUAUUCCCUUUUCCUCUAUGCUGAAGCCUGAUUUCCUACUUGAGUGAUGCUCAUUGGGACAUAUUUACAGUAACAUAUUUGAAAUACUGUCCAGCUAUUUUAUUCUCUUAAUGUCAUGUUGUCACAUCAUGUUCCAUAUAAUCCCAUAUGAAAUUACUCUAAGCACUCAGACUACUCAUAGCUCAUCAUUAUCACCUUGUUAUGAUGACUAAUCCUGUAAUGAUUACGCCUUUGUAAUCCACUGAUUGGCCAUCUGACAAUUAAGCACAAAGGUAGGGUUUCCAGAAGGUCUAAACUAAAUACUGUAAGAAGCAGAGCGAGACCCCUUUGUGUAUUUUCUGUCAGAGUGGCUUAAAGAUCAGUGUGUAGGUGGCACAACAUUUGGUUUCAUUUGGCUCCGCGGUAGUCUGCUUUCCGCAGUAAAGUUUGAAUAUAAUUCAGCAGUCAUUUCCCCUUGCUAGAUGUUAGUUUGGGUAGAAACCCUCCUUGCCUUUCGAAGAGCUUUCUUACUGUGAGUUUGGAAAGUAUACUUUUAUCAAGGCUGAGGCCUUUCACUUGUUAAUCUACAUUCAUAUGAUGUAAAGGACCUAAAACAAUUGAUAUUACUAUUUUGUAAUUAUCAGACAAUGCCACGGUUCCCUCAAUAUUAUGGCUAUGACUACAGUAACCUUGUUCCAUCUGCUGCCUCUUAUUCUCAGGCUUGCUGCAAUAUGUUCUAGGUUACUGACAUCUUGUUCUUUCACUCCCUGUGCAUAGCUCGAUCUCCUCAGAGUGCUUUUCAAUUCACCUUUGAUUGGUUGUGUAAUUGUGUAAAAUUGACAUUUAUCAUACUUUUUCUAAAUGAAGAGAUGAAAUGGGUUGUGGGAUUUACAUCAGGUCUACUGUGUGUUUACUACAUCUUGUAUUUGUUCAUGUACAAAGUUCUCCUGCAGUUACUCAGACUGCUACUGCAGAGAGUGUUCCCUUACUUGUACCAUUAUUUGUAUAUUUUGAGAAUAUUAUUUUGCAGCCAUUAAAAUGUGUCACAAAAGCA